AUGGCACUGCUGGUGCUGGGCCUGGUGCUGAGCUUUGCCGCAGCACGGUUUUACCAGCAGUACCCUGUUGUACAAAGGAACUACAACAUGGCAAGGAUUUCAGGGGUCUGGUACCCUAUAUUCAUGGCCUCGGACAACCUGACACGCAUUGAAAAGAAUGGGGACCUGCGGAUCUUCAUUCGGAAUAUCAAGCUUUUAAAGAACGGCAGCCUGCAGUUUGACUUUCGCUUCUUGGUGCAGGGUGAGUGCGUGGCUGUUGUCGUGGUCUGUGAAAAGACAGAGAAAGACGGAGAGUUCUCCAUUACCUAUGAGGGAGAGAACAAGGUGCUGCUCUCAGAGACGGAUUAUGGGAUGUACGUCACCUUCUACAUGCAGAAUGUCAAGAAUGGGACCCAGACGCACGUGCUGGCACUCUAUGGGCGCAUCCCAGAGCUCAGCCCCGCCUACCGCAAAAGAUUUGUGAUAACCUGCCAAAAAUAUGGACUGAGUCCACAAAAUAUCAUAGACAUGACGAACAAAGAUGACUGCUAUGGUGGCUGGUAG